AUGUCGAACGGAUCUUGUCUGCACGUGAACGGAUCGUCGUGUAGAACAGUUCGCUGGCACAACGAGUCCUCUGUAGGUGGUGUCUCCGACGAGAUGCGGUUGAACGUACCGUACGCGCUGUUGGAGAGUGCCGUAGCUCUGAUGGCCAUUUUUGGCAAUACCCUCGUUAUCGCAGCAUUUAAGAGUGAACGGAAACUGAGGCGUCGCACCAACUUCUACAUCGUGUCGCUGGCGUCCGCGGACCUGCUUGUCGGUACGCUAGGCAUCCCGUUCGCUAUAUUCGCCUCUAUCGGGCUCCCCAGGAACCUGCACGCUUGCUUGUUCACCAUAUCAUUGCUGGUGGUGUUGUGCACCAUCUCGAUCUUCUGCCUUGUGGCUGUCUCGAUCGAUCGAUACUGGGCAAUCCUUCAUCCGCUCGCCUAUUCCCGCAACAUGCGCACCAAAACAACACUCUAUAUCAUCAGCGUAUGCUGGUUAGUGGGCUCGAUCAUUGGAUUCCUGCCGCUGUUCGGCUGGCAUGAGGAUCCGGACGACGAACGUUGUCUCUUCGUGCAGGUGAUGAACUACGACUAUCUCGUAUUCCUGUAUCUUAUGACAAUCAUCAUUCCGGGGGUACUACUGCUAGCUUUCUACAUCCACAUCUACCGGGUCAUCGUGCGCCAGAGAAAGCAGAUCCUUUCGGUCAACUCCAUUGACAGCCGCUUCUCGGCCAGCCUUGCCACCAUCGAGGACAUGAGCCACCAGGCGCAGGGCAGCAAGCGCCGGACCAAGAAGGACCUGUACAACGGCACAAUGUUGCGGGUGUUGCGAGCAGCGCAGAACCGCGAGGUGAAAGCCACCCAAAACCUCUCCAUCAUCGUGCUGUUUUUCAUGAUCUGCUGGAUGCCGCUCCACACUAUCAACUGCAUUAUGGCGUUCUGUCCACACUGCUAUAUACACGCGCCGAUCAUGCUCUUCGUGAUAACGCUCUCCCAUCUCAACUCAGCCCUCAACCCGCUGCUGUACGCCUAUCACCUGAAGGACUUUCGGGCAGCACUCAAGAAACUGAUUCUUUCCAUCUUCGGCCUAACUCCAGCGACUCCACAGCCAACUGAGUGUGUGAAUUGCAUUUCGUCUCUGGCUACGCAACGGCAACAACAACAUCAUCAGAUGUACCAGGUGCAGGAGACGCAGUAA